AUGAGACCGACCAAAUACGCCCCGAGAAAGCAAACAGCUAAAAAGAUUCCGGCAUACAACAAGCGUAAAACAUCAAGAGCGGAAGAAUACGCGCCGGCUCCUCAUGUUUUUACGAAUGAUGAUCUCCAGAGUGUGCAAAUGUCGAAGGAAGCAAGAUACAAAGCUGCAAUAAAAAAGAGAAUAGCUAUUAUGAGAUCGAAAAGAGCAGCUACGAGAGCAAACAAUAACGAGUCAGAUAAUGUGGAUAAGAAACGUGAACAUAUUCCAGCAAGCCGUAAAAGGAAAAAGAAAGCUGCUGAAUAUGUUCCAUUAGAUGAUGCUCAAAUAGGACUCAAUGAUGAUGGGUAUUACGACGACGGAGAUCCAAACUAUAUGUGUGAAUAUUGUGAUGCGUUCAUGUGGUUUGGUGAACAUAUUAACAAAAGAUUCACUUCAGUCAGACCGGUCUUCACUAUGUGCUGCCAUAAGGGAAAAGUUAGUCUUCCCGUUCUCAAAACUCCACCUAAACCUUUGCUAAAGCUCCUAUACAAUGAUGAUGAUGAAACAAGGAGACACUUUCGACAUUUUAUAAGGGCAUACAACAUGAUGUUUUCGUUUACCUCACUCGGUGGUAAGGUCAACAACGCUAUAAACAGUGGAGCUGCGCCUUAUUUGUUCCAGCUAAGCGGAGAAAACUACCACCUCAUAGGAGAUCUAUUGCCAGAGGCUGACAAUGCUCCUUCCUUUCUCCAACUGUACAUACAUGAUACCAUGAAUGAAGUAUCCAAUAGAAUAAAAGCUUUUGGGAAAUCUGGAGGAAAGGAUGGUGUACGGCAGGAUAUAGUUGAUAUUCAGAAAAAAAUGUUAGACGAUCACAAUCCUCAUGUCAAAGCAUUUAGAUCGGCAUCAGAGAAAUUUCAAGGAGCAGAGGAUAUGCAUGGAAUGAGAUUGCGCCUUGCUAGCGGAAGAAAAUCGGAUGGAAGGACACACAACCUCCCAACAGAAGAUGAUGUAGCUGCAUUGAUACCCGGAGAUUUUAGCGGUGAUAUGGAAAAACGAGAUAUUAUAAUAGAGAGCAGGAGUGGAAAACUACAGCAUAUUAGUGAGUUACAUCCGGCAUAUUUAGCACUUCAGUAUCCAAUAAUAUUUCCUUUUGGCGAAGAUGGCUUCAGAUUAGGGAUCGACAUUGGCUUCAUAGACGUUGAAGGAAGAAUAAGGAAAUCCAUAACGAUGCGCGAGUUCUUCGCUUAUCGUAUUCAACAGAGACAUGGAGAAUCUCCUAUAAUAGUUAUGUGCGGAAGAUUAUACCGACAAUUCCUGGUCGAUGCUUAUACGAUGAUUGAGUCUAAUAGACUCCGAUAUAUAUGGCUAAAUCAGAAAAAUCUGCAUUCGGAAUGUUUGGAUAAACUGGUGAAAAAGGCUGAUGAAGGAAACGGUGAUAUAUCGGAGACAGGACAAAGGGUUUAUAUACCUUCUUCUUUCACUGGUGGUAAAAGGUACAUGAUGCAACACUAUCUGGAUGCUAUGUCUAUAUGCAAGCAUUUCGGGUAUCCAGAUUUCUUCAUUACGAUAACUUGCAAUCCCAAAUGGCCUGAGAUAACGAGGUUCCUUCAGAAACAUAAUUUGAAUACGGAGGACAGACCAUAUAUCUGUUGCCGAGUUUUCAAGAUGAAACUCGAUAAUUUGAUGGAACAUCUAAAGAUGGACAAGGUUUUGGGUGUUUUGAAUUCAGCAAUGUACACCAUCGAGUUUCAAAAGAGAGGGCUACCACACGCUCACAUAGUGCUAUUUUUACUUCCUGAUUCGAAGCUACCCACUGGAGAUGACAUAGAUAGGUUCAUAAGCGCCGAGAUUCCAGAUAAAGAUAUGGAACCAUUGUUAUAUGAGAUAGUUGGAGAUUUUAUGCUUCAUGGACCUGUGGUGAAGCUAAUAAGAAUUUACAAUGAAGACGACCCGGUGGAAGAAGUGAUGAGUAGAAUUACGUCAACAAGAUCGAAAUUCUUAGCUUGGAUGGAGGCUAAUUGUCAGUAUGAAGAAGCAAGACAUCUAACCUACGCUGAGUUUCCAACAAAAUAUGUUUGGAUCAACAGAACCAAAGUUUGGAAACCAAGAGAAAAAGGAUUCGCCAUCGGAAGGCUUACGUAUGUUCCUCCUUCUGCCGUUGAGUCUUACUAUCUAAGAGUUCUUUUGAACAUAAUAAAAGGUCCAAGAAGCUUCGAAGAAAUUAGAACUGUGGACGGGUUAGUUUACGAGACCUUCAAAGAUGCGUGCUACGCGUUAGGUUUGUGUGAUGAUGAUAAAGAGUAUACAGAGGCUAUAAAGGAAGGUAGCGAAUGGGCUUCAUCAAAGUUUCUGCGAAGGCUGUUUGCUCUCUUGCUGUUAUCUAAAUGUGUUGCUUCACCUCUAGAUCUUUGGAACAAUACUUGGAUAUAUUUAACCGACGAUAUUUUAUACAGACUGAAAAAGAAGAGCGAUGCGACGCUGAGCGAGGAUGACCUAAAGAACAUAUGUUUGCGAAAAGUUGAAAAAUACUUGCGCAGAAAUGGAAAUUCAUUGAGCGACGUUGACGGGAUGCAUGUUCCGGAGGGCAUGGCGUUGGAUAAAAGUAUAAACCAGCUAAUAUUAGAUGAGAAAAGUUACAACACUCCAGAGUUAAAAGAAGAAUACGUUAUGAUUAUGACGUCUAUAACUUCGGAACAAAGAGAUAUACACGAUAAGAUCCUGGAAGCCGUGAAAAAUGACAGUGGUGACAUGUUUUUCGUUCAAGGUUAUGGUGGUACCGGCAAAACUUUUGUUUGGAAAGUAUUAGGAGCGGCAUUACGCACUGAAGCCAAAAUUGUACUCAAUGUUGCGUCAAGCGGAAUUGCUGCGUUGUUGUUACAAGGUGGUCGAACGGCACAUUCUCGGUUCUCGAUACCACUUGUUGUCAAUGAAGGUUCAAUGUGUAAGAUAAGUAGUGGAUCUCAAAAAGCGGAAUUGAUAAGGCAAGCAAAUCUUAUUAUAUGGGACGAGGCUCUGAUGAUGAGUAAGUUCUGUUACGAGACACUUGACAGAAGUUUACAUGAUAUAACAAAGAAAGAUAUGAUAUUCGGUGGAAAAGUUGUCGUCUUCGGAGGAGAUUUUCGGCAGAUACUACCGGUUGUAGUCGACGGUGGGAGGGAGGAGACCGUCUUAACUUCGUUAAAUUCAUCCUACCUGUGGAAGGAUUGCAAAGUCAUGGAACUUACCAAAAAUAUGCGUCUGGAAGGGCGUGAUGAUCCUAAUAGGGUUCGUGAACUUGCCGAGUUCUCCAAAUUCAUUCUUGAUAUUGGCGAUGGGAAAAUCAACGAACCGAACGAUGGAGAAGUUGAGAUUGAUAUUCCUGAUGACUUGCUUAUUAAAGACACUGAGAAACCAAUGGAAUGUUUGAUAAAAGAAGUGUACGGUGAAUCCUUCAGGAUAGAGGUUGAUCCUAAGUUCUUUCAAGGGCGAGCUAUAUUAAGUCCAAGGAACGUAGACGUCGAUGUUAUCAACGACUACAUGUUAUCGCAAUUAUCAGGAGAAGAAAAAGCAUAUUUGAGCUGCGAUAGUAUAGAUACGUCGGACACAAGCUCAAAGGACGACAUGUUGUAUACACAAGAGUAUCUAAACAGCAUCAAGAUUUCAGGGCUGCGUAAUCAUAGUUUGACUCUUAAAGUUGGAACGCCAAUCAUGCUAUUGAGGAAUAUUGAUCCGCACGCAGGUUUAUGCAAUGGUAUGAGAUUGCUUAUAACCCAGCUUGCAAGCCACGUUAUUGAAGCGAAACUUAUAACUGGUGACAAAACUGGUAUAAAGGUGUUGUUGCCGAGAAUGUAUGUAUCUCCUCCAGAAGCUAGAUUCCCCUUUAGAAUGAGACGGAGACAAUUUCCAGUUGUCGUUGCAUUUACGAUGACAAUCAAUAAAAGCCAAGGGCAGACGCUGCAAAAGGUUGGUCUAUAUCUACCCAAACCCGUGUUCACGCAUGGUCAACUGUACGUUGCUGUUUCACGAGUCACGUCUAGAGAAGGAUUAAAGAUUCUAAUCACCGAUGAUAAGGGAAAGCCAAAGAAUAAGACUACCAAUGUCGUAUAUAAGGAGGUUUUCGAAAAUAUCAUAGCAAGAUAA